CAAUACCCAAAGUAAAUGAUCAGUUACUGAGAUUUAUACUACCCCUCGCGAUCUGUAGGCUAUUCACACUCAUGGUUUCCAUAUUCUUUACUCAUCUAAUCUCGUCCGUCAGUCUAACCUUGUUUUAGGUGUUAUUAAAUGUCAAUCACUCUAGCCUACACAACACUUGACUUACUCGCUCGCAGACACCUUCAACACCCCUCCAUGUGCAUGUGUUUGUAUGCGAGUCCUAUGAGUUUGUGUGUAGCAACAUUUUGAAAGAUGGCACAAUAUUGCUUACAUUUUCAUAGUUACGAAGAUUAUUACUGCACAAACACUGAUUUUGUUUAAAUCCAGUCUGAACUGCUCUCCAAUAGGAACGCAACCACUAGGGGCCUAGGUUUUCACUUUACAUAGGAAGGUGCUAUUGCUCAUGAUCAACGCAGGACAAAUAAAAACGAAAGUAAUGUUAACCUUAGCCAGGAAGGUUUUAACGACUGCAUGCAAGAACGUGUCCAUCGUUUUUCUAUGAGGUGCUUCCCCUGCUUCUGUCAACACCUUUUAAUGGGGUAGCAGAAGUCGACCCCCAGAUCUGAAUGGUCCACAUGGCUGCUAAAAACACACAGACCAGUGUCUCCAGUGCCCAGCUGUGUGUCUCUGAAGAGUGACUGGUCUAUGAUGGAUCCUCCCAAUUUCAGCAGUGAACCACCACAGUCUGAUCCAAAACCCAUGGCACACAGACCAGUGUCUCCAGUGCCCAGCUGUGUGUCUAUGAAGAGCAACUGGUCUAUGAUGGAGCCUCCCAGUUUCAGCAGUGAACCACCACAGUUUUAUCAAAAACCCAUGGCACACAGACCAGUGUCUCCAGUGCCCAGCUGUGUGUCUAUGAAGAGCAACUGGUCCAUGAUGGAGCCUCCCAGUUUCAGCAGUGAACCACCACAGUUUUAUCCAAAACCCAUGGCACACAGACCAGUGUCUCCAGUGCCCAGCUGUGUGUCUAUGAAGAGCAACUGGUCUAUGAUGGAGCCUCCCAGUUUCAGCAGUGAACCACCACAGUUUUAUCCAAAACCCAUGGCACACAGACCAGUGUCUCCAGUGCCCAGCUGUGUGUCUAUGAAGAGCAACUGGUCUAUGAUGGAGCCUCCCAGUUUCAGCAGUGAACCACCACAGUUUUAUCCAAAACCCAUGGCACACAGACCAGUGUCUCCAGUGCCCAGCUGUGUGUCUAUGAAGAGCAACUGGUCUAUGAUGGAGCCUCCCAGUUUCAGCAGUGAACCACCACAGUUUUAUCCAAAACCCAUGGCACACAGACCAGUGUCUCCAGUGCCCAGCUGUGUGUCUAUGAAGAGCAACUGGUCUAUGAUGGAGCCUCCCAGUUUCAGCAGUGAACCACCACAGUUUUAUCCAAAUGUUCCGAGGAAUGUUCUGACCCAGGAUCAGUCCAGGUGUGGAGUGUGUGAGCAGCUACUGAGGGACCCAGUCAUCACCACCUGUGGACACAUUUUCUGCAGGCAGUGCAUCAGCAGCUACUGGAGCCAGUCUGGUCCAUCAGCAGACUACAGCUGUCCCCAGUGCAGAAAGAGAUCCAGAGCACAACCCUUUCUAAACCCUGACAUAACCAUGGCACAACAUCUGAUAUACCCACAUACAACCAUGACACAACCUCCUGUAUAUCCCCCUACAGCCAUGGCACAAUCUUCUCUCUACCAACACAGAGAAAUGGCACAGCUUCAUCUAAAGCCAUCUACUACCAUGGCACAAGUUCCUCCAUAUCCACACUCAGACUCGGGGCAGAACCCUCUAUACCCACACUUACACAUGGCACAGAUUUAUCCACAGACUCCUUUGGAUGAGCACAUAGUCAUGGAAGGAAGCAAACAUCUCCAAACUGAGCCUGCUCCUGUCAAAAGGGCCAAACUAACAGAUGAUGUCCUGAACAGAGCACUGAUGACUCAUAAAGCCAGUAUGAAGAGGAGGUUUGAGAGCAUAUCUGAAGGCAUCAUAAGAUCAGAGACUCAAACACUCCUGAACAAGAUCUACACAGAGCUCUACAUCACAGAGGGAGAGAGUGAAGGGGUGAAUAAUGAACAUGAAGUUUGGCAGGUAGAGUCAGCAUCCAGAUCACAAACUACAGAAGACACAGCAAUCAACUGUAAUGACAUCUUCAAGCCCUUACCUGGACAGCAGAGACCCAUCAGAACUGUCAUGACCAAGGGCAUUGCUGGCAUUGGAAAAACUGUCUCGGUGCAGAAGUUCAUCCUUGACUGGGCAGAGGAGAAAGCUAACCAGGAUGUAGAUUUCAUGUUUAUACUUCCGUUCCGUGAGCUAAAUUUGGUCAAACAUGAUCAGUACAGUCUUCACAGGCUCCUGCUGGACUUCUACCCUGAGCUUAGGGAGCUACAGGAUGGUGAAUACAAAGACCGCCAUAUUGUGUUAAUCUUUGAUGGUCUGGAUGAGAGUCGACUUCCGCUGAAUUUCCAAGAGAACCAGAAGUUGUCUGAUGUGACACAAACAUCAUCAGUGGAUGUGUUGAUGACGAGCCUCAUUCAGGGAACUCUGCUUCCCUCUUCUCUCAUCUGGAUAACCUCCCGACCAGCAGCAGCCAGUCAGAUCCCUUCUCAGUGCAUCAAUCAGGUGACAGAAGUACGAGGGUUCAAUGAUCCACAGAAGGAAGAGUACUUUAGGAAGAGGAUCAGUGACCAGAAUCAAGCCACCAGAAUCAUCUCACACAUUAAGGCAUCCAGGAGCCUCCAUAUCAUGUGCCACAUGCCAGUCUUCUGUUGGAUCUCAGCCACUGUCCUUCAGCAGAUACUGGAAGAGGAUGAUGGGAAGAAAGCCCCCAAAACUCUGACUGAGAUGUUCAUACACUUCCUGCUCAUCCAGACCACCAGGAAGAACCAGAAGUAUCAAGAGGACAAUGAUCGAGAUAGACAGAGGCUUGUGGAAUCACAUAAAGAUGUCAUACUGAAACUGGCAGAGCUGGCCUUCAAGCAUCUGGAGAAUGGCAAUCUCAUGUUCUAUGAGGAUGACCUUACAGAGUGUGGCAUUGAUGUGAGUGAUGCCUCAGUGUACUCUGGCAUGUGCACUGAGAUCUUCCGGGAGGAAUGUGUGUUUCACCACAAGAAGGUCUACUGCUUUGUGCAUCUGAGCAUCCAGGAGUUUCUGGCAGCCAUGUUUGUGUUUCACUCCUACAUGUCAGAACAUUUUGAGAUACUGAAAUCAUUCUUCAGUAAAAAACACAAAGACCUGCAAGCCCCCCUUCCCUUGCAUGUUCUGUUGAAGGGAGCAAUGGAGAAAGCUUUGGACAGCAAAAAUGGACACCUGGACCUUUUCCUCCGCUUCCUUGUAGGCGUCUCAUUGGAGAGCAAUCAGGCCCUUUUACAAGGUCUGCUGUCAAACACACACAGCAGCUCAGAGAGCAUCAAGAAAACCUGUCGGUACAUCAAGUAUCUCAAGAGAAAGGAUCUGUCUCCUGAAAGAUGCAUCAAUCUUUUCCAUUGCUUAUUUGAAAUGAAUGAUCAUUCCCAACAUAAAAUUGUUCAGACAUAUCUGAAAUCUUCAGGUGGCUUCUCAGAUAGAUUGACACCUGCCCAAUGUUCAGCACUGGCCCACAUGCUUCUGAUGUCUGAGGAGGUGCUGGAUGAGUUUGACUUGACGAAAUACAACACAUCAGAGGAGGGACGGAGGAGACUAAUACCAGCUGUGAGAUGCUGCAGAAAGGGCCGACUUGCUGGCUGCAAACUAACAGAGAAGUCCUGUGAGAUUGUGGCCUCAGCUCUGCAGUCUGCAAACUCCCUCUUAAGACAGCUGGACCUCAGUCAGAAUGACCUGCAGCAGUCAUUGGAGAUGCUGCUCCCUGCUCUUCAGAGUCCAAACUGCAAACUGGAGACACUGAGACUUGUUGGCUGCAAACUAACAGAGAAGUCCUGUGAGAUUGUGGCCUCAGCUCUGCAGUCUGCAAACUCACCCUUACGAGAGCUGGACCUCAGUCAGAAUGACCUGCAGACGUCAUUGGAAAAGCUGUCCUCUGCUCUACAGAGUCCAAACUGCAAACUGGAGACACUGAGACUUGCUGGCUGCAAACUAACAGAGAAGUCCUGUGAGAUUGUGGCCUCAGCUCUGCAGUCUGCAAACUCCCUCUUAAGACAGCUGGACCUCAGUCAGAAUGACCUGCAGCAGUCAUUGGAGAUGCUGCUCCCUGCUCUUCAGAGUCCAAACUGCAAACUGGAGACACUGAGACUUGUUGGCUGCAAACUAACAGAGAAGUCCUGUGAGAUUGUGGCCUCAGCUCUGCAGUCUGCAAACUCACCCUUACGAGAGCUGGACCUCAGUCAGAAUGACCUGCAGCAGUCAUUGGAAAUGCUGCUCCCUGCUCUUCAGAGUCCAAACUGCAAACUGGAGACACUGAGACUUGCUGGCUGCAAACUAACAGAGAAGUCCUGUGAGAUUGUGGCCUCAGCUCUGCAGUCUGCAAACUCACCCUUACGAGAGCUGGACCUCAGUCAGAAUGACCUGCAGACGUCAUUGGAAAAGCUGUCCUCUGCUCUACAGAGUCCAAACUGCAAACUGGAGACACUGAGUUGA